CAUACAGAUAUCAGGAUUUGUUCUAUGCCUUCAAUUUAUUAGUCCAGCUGUGCUUCACCUUCAGUUAGGACUAUACCCCUUUUUUAUUUGAUACAGCUCUAAGUCACAUUCACCACAUCAACAAUCCACUCUCCAAAAUGAGGGAGUCCUGUCUUAUAUUGGUAUGUAAAAAUACUUUUGUCUUAUUUAACUGAGUGCUUGUUCACAUGUUAAUGUUUUUUGUUUGGUAUUUUUUGUUUUAUAUAUGCUUAUAUUUGAUCUGAAAAAAAUUUUGAUGGGCCUUUAGUUGAAUUUCUAUUGCUCAAUUUUGCUGGUUGAGAAGAGUAGAGACAAAUGAGCACAGCGUUUUUUUUUUUUUUUUGUGGUGCAACUGAUAGUUUUGUUUUAUUUUAAAGUUAUUAAUAAUGUCAAGAAAACAUUGAUACAGUUGAGGUUGUUUUUUGUUGCUGCAAGUGUAAAUAAUUUUUCAAACAACAUCAUUAAGGGACUAUGCAGGUAUCUCUUAAUUUCAGAAUCAAUGCGCUGUAUUUUUCAGUAUCCUUUUUUACAACUAAUUCCUCUGUUUGUGCGUUGCAUGUUUUGUUUUAAACUUAUUAAAUAGUACAUUUUCACAGCACAUUUAAUUUACAAGGAAAUGUGAGUACUGCCUAAAGAGAAGAAAAUGCUGGGGAAAUUCAGCAUUAAAUCGGAUUCUACUGUAGAUCAAUGGGGGCGCUAAUGAGCCAUAGCAAUUGUUGGUCUACCUUGAUAAAAACGAAGAGUUUAUCCAAUGCAGCGUUUAUGAUUUUCGGAAAGUCGUGACAAAGAUUUGAUGUUUUUACUUAACAUGCUUUCUGAAAUGGAACACAUGCAUCAGUGGCUAUAGUUUGCACAUCUUUUUGGUUACUCUUUUUGUUAUUUUACACGUACUAAGCAGACACCCCCCCCCCAGACAGUGUGUUUUUACAUGCAGAAAGCUAAAUAAAACGCGAUUUUUAUGGGGACGCUCUGAUUUCGGAGCUUUACCGUUGUUCCCGAACGCACCUGAAGAAGAGAAGGCUACUUAUUAGUUAGCUGGAUAGCGACUGAGUGAAGAUGCAAUUGGCUUUAAGUAAAACAUUUGGCCAGAAGCCAGUCAAAUUUCAGCUAGAACAAGAUGGGGACUUUUACAUGGUGGGGUCGGAGGUUGGAAACUAUCUACGGAUGUUCAGAGGUUCUCUCUAUAAGAGAUACCCAUCGUUAUGGAGGAGGCUGGCCUCUGUGGAGGAAAGGAAGAAAAUUGUAGCUUCAUCACAUGCUACCAGCGUUACUUUGCUGAAGGCUUCAGAAUGUGAAGAAAUCUUUGAAGGUAAUGAUGAGAAAUACAAGGCGGUGUCCAUCAGCACAGAGCCUCCAGCCUACCUCAGGGAGCAAAAAGCAAAGAGAAGCAGUCAGUGGGUCCCCACACUGCCCAACAGCUCUCACCAUCUAGAUGCUGUGCCUUGUUCUACCACCAUCAACCGUAACCGAAUGGGCCGCGACAAGAAGAGGACCUUUCCCCUGUGCUUUGAUGACCACGACCCUGCAGUGAUCCAUGAGAACGCAGCCCAGAUAGAGGCGCUGGUUCCCAUUCGUCUAGACAUGGAGAUAGAUGGACAGAAACUACGAGAUGCCUUCACAUGGAACAUGAAUGAGAAACUGAUGACCCCAGAGAUGUUUGCGGAGAUUUUGUGUGAUGACCUGGACCUAAAUCCUCUGGCCUUUGUCCCAGCUAUUGCCUCAGCUAUUCGUCAGCAGAUUGAGUCCUACCCCACUGACAGUAUACUCGAAGAGCAGGCAGACCAGAGAGUAAUCAUCAAGCUGAAUAUCCACGUGGGUAACAUCUCUCUGGUAGACCAGUUUGAGUGGGACAUGUCAGAGAGAGAGAACUCUCCGGAGUCAUUUGCACUGAAGCUGUGUUCUGAGCUGGGCCUGGGUGGAGAAUUUGUCACCACGAUUGCCUACAGUAUUCGAGGUCAGCUCAGCUGGCACCAGAGGACCUACGCCUUCAGUGAGAACCCACUCCCCACAGUAGAGAUUGCCAUCCGCAACACAGGCGAUGCAGACCAGUGGUGCCCUCUGCUGGAGACCCUCACAGAUGCCGAAAUGGAGAAGAAGAUCCGAGACCAAGACAGGAACACGAGGCGUAUGAGAAGACUGGCCAACACCGCCCCUUCCUGGUAGAAAGAAACAAGAAGUUGCAUCAGGCAUUGUGUCCUCAGAGACCCUUGUUACUCUGAAGCGAUCAAGUAAAUAGAGUGUUACACACACACACACGGCUCAUUCUUAAAAUAUUGACAAAGUAUCUGUUGCAGUCUCCAUGGACACCUCACUGAUUGAACAUACAUCCAGACAUUCCUUUGUACACACAGUUUACUGUCACCAUAUUUCACUCUCAUUAGCUAAUCAGUCAUGGCAGCAGCUCACAUCUAACAAACUAGUGUUUAUUACUGCAGGACAUUCAUCUGAUAUCUGUUCCACACACAUAAUACACCAUGCAACAUUCACUGUUGGGUGAAAAUACUUGCCGUUAUGUUUAAUGUAUCUGUGUGAAUGGUUAGUGAAAUGACACCCUGAAUCUGUGACCUCACUAAGAUCUAGGUAGCAUUUGCAUAAGAUUAAAUGGUGACCAGCAUUUGGUCGGUGCAGCUCUGGCAACUACAAGCUUGACAUCUUCAGGUUACUAAGAGAGAUCUGACAUUUUCUCAAUCUAUUAUUAUCUUCUGAAAGACAGAAGUAUCAGAUUAAUCUAGAUCCUGUCCUAACCAGCAUCCAGUAUUGCAUGCACAGCAUAGCAGUUUAACCAGUAGGAGAGGGCACACGCAGAUGCAGCUAACAUUAAUGGUGGCUCUAUUGCAGUAUUCACUGAUGGAAAGCAGCCACAGUAAUGUUAACAACAGUUGUGCUUUUUCCAUAAUAAGUGUCCAGGAAACCCUAUAGAAGUCAAAGCAUUAGUCAAUCAACAGAAGAAUAUUAAUUACUUUGAAAAUGUAUUAAUUGUUUGAGUCAUUUUCUAACCAAAAAUAGUGAAGAAAUGUCAAUCUUUUUAUUUUUAAAGAUUCUAAUAUGAGAAGAACUGCUGCUCUUUUUACAUGUAUAAUUUUAAACUGAUUCAUUUUGGAUUUUUGACUGUUGCUGCUGAGAUAAAACAAGAUUUUUGACAAUAUAGCCAUGGUUCUGAGGUCCAAAAGGGUCACUAUGCCUACUUCUGAACCUUCUGUGAUGUUGCAUCCACUCACACUGUGGUCAGAGUUAGCAGUGGUCUGUUCCUUACUCGAGCUGUCAAGAUCCCGAAACUUGAUGGUUGGUAGGAAUAAGAUUGAUUUUCUGUAAUUCUCUGUACCAGAAAUAAUAAAUUGACUGCACUUUGAACGUUGUGUGUUGAAUAUUGCUACAGCAGAUGCAGCUGCCACCAAUCACAAACCACAACAUUAAUAUUUCCAGAUGGGAACAUUGCAACGAAAUGCUGUUAAUGUAAAGUAACAGCUGAAACUCUCCCCUUUAGCUCUGUGGACAAAUCUAGAUAUCUGUCUAUAAGCUGCCUAGAUCUCUGCUUAGAUCUGUUUGAUGUGUUUCUUACUUUAACUAAAAAUACAAAAUAUGCCCAUGCUUUUUUUAACUGAAGUGUGGGCAGACUUGUUAUUGCAGCUGCACUUGCCACCACCAUUCCAUUGUUUUGUUUUACAUUAUCUCUAGUACCUUCUGAAUCCAUUGUACCUUCAUUACCCACGGUGCCAUAGCAAGUAAGGACCAUCACAUUUUCAUAAAUUUGGUAUUGGCUUAAUACUAAAGUACUGGUUCUUGUGACAUAAUACAUAACCGUAGUGAUAUUGCAGCUCAGCUUACAUCUGUGGAUCAGAAGGAUCAUAUAAGGAGGUAGCAUAAAAGAAACUAAACUUCCUGCCAUGAUCUGUUUGGAGCUCCAGACCAUCGGCUCAGGUUGGAAUGAACAUUCAUUCACUACUUUUGAGUUUUUCUAUACUUUAAGAAUUCAAAAUGGACUUCUAUAUUUCAACAUUGUCAAUAAACAACACUCUGAGCAUUAUGCCUGUAUGUGUGGGUUUUGGACAGUCGGAUGAGGAGAGCCAAAAAAUAAAGGAUGGUCUAAAAAAAAACAAAAAAAUUUAAUAACUUCAAAAAUGCAUUAAUCACAUUCAAAUCCUACAUGUAGGUAUUUUAAUAAAUGUUGGUGAUUGGCUGCUUCUCUGUUCUGUGGCUGUCAGUGUGACUGCCUGACAUUCCCUGGUAAUAAUACAGUCAUUUAGACCAGGUCUUCUCACACUGGCUGCGGUUCAGAUCUGUUAAGUGUUUGCAGCCAAUCAGGACUGAGCUGGUUUGAUUUUAGCAUGUAGACUCUGUUCUGGUCUUUAUUACAGAUUCUGAUGAUUUACGUGCACCACUGUCCAUCUGCAUGUCGAAACAUAGUUAAUUCAUACUUGUACCCUGUGUAUGAGGGACUGACUGUCCCCACUGUUACUUCUGUUUGCACUGUGUCUCACAUUUUAUCAGUGUCAGCACGGUAGAGGGAGAAAGCAAGCUGACAAGAACCAAUGGUGUCUUUUAACGUGUUGAUUUUCAACUUGAACAUACUUUAAAGAAUGAUGUUAAUGUAUGUACUGUUGCUUCUCAUUCUCUUCUUUUGUAAAAUUGCUUUACCUUUAUAGUGGAUUGUUUUUUUAAUAUGAAAAAUGACAAUAAAUACAACUUGUUGGAAAGA